AAGUGUCAACCAUUGGUGAAAGUAACAUAUUUUAAACGUUUGAUGGAUGGAGAGCAAUAAUUUUUUUCUCUUUUGGUAUGCCUAGUAAGAAUGGAGGUACAAACUGAUGCAAAUGUGGAAGAUGUUGAUAGGGAAAGUCUUGUUAAAGAAAUCGAGCAGAUUCAACUGGCUCUAGGGUCUCAAACGAACGGAGCAGAAUCAGAAACCAUCAGAACGUCUAGAUCGAUCAACGUCGACAUAGAUGGGGAUGACUCUGACGAUGAGCUGGCUAUUAUAAAAUCGCCAGAGUACCACUCAACAAGCGAUAAUGAAAGAUUUGUUAUGAAGCAUGUUCCUUUUGAAGUCAUAUCAUCUGAGAGUGAUGAUGAAAGUCAGAGAAUUGCUGAUGUUCAACAUUCUUACUGCAGCAAUCCUCUCAAUAUUGAACCUGAAUCAUCUCUUGAAUUGAAUGCAGAUGAUGCUUAUAAUGCAGUGGAUCAACAUCAAAUUUUGAGCAAUGAUGUAGAUUUAGAAAUUAUGGUAGACAAUCCACUGAACACCAGUCAAACUGAGCUUACUGACCAUGGCUCAUUGCAAUUGGAAAAUAACACCGAUGGCAAAACUGAGAACUAUUGUUUAACUGAACUUCAACCAGCUACUAAUGAAUCUUUACAAAAUAUCAUUCCAACAAGUGUGGAUGAAAACUUGAAAUCUUACUCUACCAUGUGUACAGAUCCUGAGGCAUUGUCUAAUGAUAACGAAGAGGUCUUGCUCAGUGAUGAAGAUGAACAAUCUAUUGAUCAGAAACAAUGCCUGAAGCUGAACAGGCAGUAUCAGGCAGUAAUUGAAGCUCAACUGAGAAAGAUUGAAAGACUGAUUACUGAGAACAAAGAAAAACAACUUGGAUUAACUCAAACAUCCCCUGCUAUGGCUAACGAUGCAGAGAAUUUGGAUUUCAAAGGCUUGCAGUCUUUCUUGCCAUAUUUUAAAUCACACAGGAAUAAGGGUCCUGAAGACAAUGAAGAUACAGUAUUGCGAAAAAGUAUUGACCAACCGAGUCCUUUUGAGCUUCCACCACGACCAUGGUCAAUAGAAGAAGAGAAGACUCUUUCAGAUGCAGUGAAAUCAGACGUACUGCAGUCUAAGAUAAAGCCAUUGUUACAAAAAGUUGAAGCUCUUACUCCAAAACCAAGAAAAACGCCCGAGGAAGAAAAAGAACUCGAAGAAUUAAAUAUGGCAAUAGAUCGUCUUAAAAACCUUUCCCUGACUGAUUUGAUACACGAUUUUACUGAUAAUAUCGAUUUUGAAGAUAUCUCAAAUAAAGUGUUGCCAAUGCGCUCACCGCAGCAGUGUCAGGUAUACUGGUACAAUAAACUUCAUCCAUUUUUAAACCACACAAAGUGGACUAAAGAAGAGGAUAAACUAUUGUUGUCAUUGGCUGAGAAAAGCACAGGCGGAAACUGGGAAACAAUUGCAUUGGAGCUUAAGACAAAUCGUUCACCUUCUCAGUGUUUACACAGAUAUCAAAAGAGCCUAAACAAGAACUUUUUGAAAAGUAAAUGGGAUGCAGAAGAAGACCGACGGCUUCUUGAAGCAGUGAAAAUUUGUGGCUAUGGAGCUUGGGCGAAAGUUUCUACUUUUUUGGAUGGCCGUACAGGAGCACAAUGUAUGCAUCGCUAUGUAAAGUCAGUGAACCCUUUGAUUAAAAAAGGGAAAUGGAACAGGGAAGAGGAUAAAUUGCUCCGUAAAGGCGUUCAAACAUUUGGCUUCAACUGGUUUAAAAUUAGGAAUCUUUUACCCAGAAGAACAGACGCGCAAAUUAGAGAAAGAUGGCAAGACGUUCUCGAUCCGAAUCUCUGUAAGUAUGCCUUUUCAAAAGAGGAAGAUGAAAUGUUGCUAAAACUUGUAGAGGAACAAAAUUCAGGCUUGAAAAAUUGGUCAGGUAUCGCCAAAAGAAUGCCUGGCAGAACUGAUAACGCGUGUCGAAGAAGAUGGUUUGUAUUGACAAAAAAUGAUCCUAAGACAAAGAAACAUCUCAAGUUGCAGAAAAUUGUAAAAGAUAAAUUAGUGAAUAAUUUCUCUCGUCGCUCAGCUGAUAGAACCGAGAUUGGGCCGGAAGAUUUUCAUGAGCCAGAGUUGUCUGAACAAGAGCAAGAAUCUUUAAAUUAUAAUCAAGUUCAACCCCAACGAUCGUCAAGGAAAAAUCCCUCUAAGAAAGUUGUUGGUUUAGAGGCUCCAAAAAGAAAAGAAACAAAAUCAUUGCAGACAGAGCAGACUUCUAAAUUAGCACAAAAAACUGUCGGCGAGCAAAAGCAGAAGCGACGUCAGUGUCAUGCAAGCCCAAAUGGAGAGCAAAGUAUGGGGGGAAAGUUGCUUGUGAUGAAGAGAAAGAAAAAUUCAAAGUCAAAGUGCCAGCCUAAAAAAACAAAAAAACCUCCACAAAAAGUUAAAAUUCUUGCACCAUGUCCAUCUGUGGUGACACAAGCGUCUUCGCUACCGAAUGGAAUGCCUACAUCCUUGUUGACACAGUUCUCAGUUCUUUUGCAGGCAUUUCAUGUUGACGUGAGUGGGGUGUUACAAAAAACAUCCAGUGAAACCGCUCAACAAUCAAACUUGGGUCUUUCUGCCAAUCUAGGCACGGGUGAAACUUCUUCCACACAGGCAACAUCAACGUUAACUAAAACCGACUCUCAAGAUAUGGCAAAGACAUCUUCUGUUCCACCAGUUAGGGAUAGACAAGAAUUGCAAUCUCAUUCUUCUCAUUCAAGCACAAAUAUCAACGAGACUGAACUCUCACAAGAAUGCUCCAGCUCAAUCCCAAUAAAUCAAUCCCUUGAAAGUAAUAAUGAGAAUGAGCAAAUUUCUAUUGAAAAUUGCAAACAUGCGUCUGAAAAUACGAACAAGUUACAUGAAAAUCCAGGCAGGAAAACUGUUGAAAGAAGGCCAUCCAAUAAACUUGACAAGGCUGAUACCCUACCAGCCAACAUAUCUCAUGCAAACAAUAUAUGUCAAAUGAAAUCAGGAAAGAAACGAUCGUAUGACGGAAAUUCCACAUCUUCUGGUGAUGUCACAGUAAAUGUUUCACCAAAACGUUAUCCUAAGAGACGUAGACUUAAUCAACAUGAAAUCAAUUACAAUGAAAAUUUGAGUGAUAAAGAGAACAGUGAUUCAGCAAUGACUGAAUUUGAUCCAAGUACACAAAAAGGAAGUGUUAGGAAAUCCACGGUUAUUGGUAGAUCAUGUGACCCGAUAUCUGGUAUCGCUAACAAUAUCGUUGGUGCUACCAUGAGUGGUGUUGCUACGACCUCUAGUGGUGUUGCUACCAGAAUGAGUGGUGUUGCUACGACCUCGAGUGGUGUUGCUACGACCUCGAGUGGUGUUGCUACGACCUCUAGUGGUGUUGCUACCAGAAUGAGUGGUGUUGCUACGACCUCUAGUGGUGUUGCUACCAGAAUGAGUGGUGUUGCUACGACCUCUAGUGGUGUUGCUACGACCUCGAGUGGUGUUGCUACGACCUCUAGUGGUGUUGCUACCAGAAUGAGUGGUGUUGCUACCAGAAUGAGUGGUGUUGCUACCAGAAUGAGUGGUGUUGCUACGACCUCUAGUGGUGUUGCUACCAGAAUGAGUGGUGUUGCUACGACCACGAGUGGUGUUUCUACCACCAUGAGUGGUGUUGCUACGACUUCGAGUGGUGUUGCUACCAGUAGCAUCGCUGCGAAUAUCAAUGUUAACAAAACUAGUGGUGUUUGUACAAAUACUGGUGCUGUUGCAAACACAGAACUUGGUUGCAGCCCUUAUUUUCACGUAAAAAGAGUAGCGGUCAAUGGUCAGAAUACAAUUCCUAAAGUACCAGCCGUUCCUCCUUUGCCGCCUUCCGCCACUACUUUAAACGCUUUCAAAACAUUGUUGACUUUAAGAAAGGAUCUACAAAUGCGAGCCAACCGCGUGGAAACUUCUCUAUUUACCAAUAACGAAAGUGAAACGGCUGUCCAGCAACAUUCAGGUGAGAACGUACAUUUUAGAAACUCUCAAAAACCAGGUGAUGAUUCUUUGUUACUUUUGGCCAACUCUAAACAAACGUCGUUCGUCGAUUAUCGAAAUAUGAUCGCAUACCAGCAACUUCUGAACCGGUUUAAAGGUCUUUUUAUGUGGCCUGGUUUUUGUCCCUUGUGAAUCCGUCAAUUUCGAAGGCCAGUGGGGAAAAACCAAAAAAGAACAAGAAAAGACGUACAAACAAAUGUUUAAAUAGUAGAAUUUCCUAACCCCCCUCCCCCCACACAUUUGUGAUUGGUCACACGUGGCAAUAACUGCUACAAAUAAAUUAUAUCUUAAUAUAAUAUCCUCAGAUGUUUAAUCAUCAAAUGAAAACCACCUGUAAGUAAGUACAGUAAAUACUUUAUAUACCUAUAAUCGUCGAUUCACAAUUUUUACUUUUUCUAUUUA